CUUAAAGGCAACUUUAACUGAAAUUAAGUCAGACCAGAGACUUAGAAAAUGGAUUCUGCUUGAAGAAGAUAAAGCAGCAGAUAGUUUAAAGACUUUUGAAAUUGAACUUAGCCCUGAAAUGUUAAGUUGGAAAGAAGGAACAGAAAUCAAUAUGAAAGAAGCAGAACAUAGCCAAGAA